AAAAAAUUCCAUGCAACCCAAUUUUCUGAAUCAGAAACAGGAGGGAGGUCUUGUUGGAGGGGCUUUCCCUCCUUUGUAUCUUCUUCUUGCCCUGUUAUUCUUUUUUCUCAUUCACAUUCACAAAUCUUAUUUCAAUUUUGUCAUAUUUAAAAAAAACAAAACAUAUUCCAAAUCUCCCACCUUUCUUCCCUCCUUCCUCAUAAAUUUUGUGCACCAUUAUUUAUUCAAACUUGCUGAUCAUUCUUGCAUGAUCAUUUGAAAUUUCUCAACAUCUUUAAGGCAAAAAAAAGAAGAAGAAGAUGGGUGUGUGUCUUUCAAAGACGGGGAAUUGCAAUGCAGCAGGUGUGAUCCCAGUGGCCGCGGUGAAAAAGAAUAAUGGCAAUGCAAAAACACCUGUUGAAAAUAAUGAUCAGCAGAAAAAGAAGCAGCAGGAGGUAAAGAGGAAAAGAAAGUUGUCAGGGAAGACGGUGCCUAUUGGGAAGAGAACGAAUUUCGGGUACAAUAGGAAUUUUGAGAAGAGAUACACGAUUGGAAAAUUGUUGGGGCAUGGCCAGUUUGGGUACACAUAUUGUGCUACUGAUAUUAGUACUGGAGAUCGUGUUGCUGUUAAAAGAAUUGACAAGAAUAAGAUGGUCCAACCUAUUGCUGUUGAGGAUGUUAAGCGAGAAGUUAAGAUUCUGCAGGCUUUAAGUGGCCAUGAGAAUGUGGUUCAGUUCUAUAGUGCAUUUGAAGAUGAUUCUUAUGUCUAUAUAGCCAUGGAGUUGUGUGAAGGUGGAGAGUUGCUGGAUAGGAUAUUGUCGAAAAAAGACAGCCGUUAUUCCGAGAAAGAUGCUGCCCAAGUAGUGCGGCAAAUGCUAAAAGUUGCAGCUGAGUGUCAUCUAAAUGGAAUGGUGCACCGUGACCUGAAACCAGAAAAUUUUCUUUUUAAAUCAUCAAAAGAGGACUCACCCUUGAAGGCUACAGAUUUUGGUUUGUCUGAUUUUAUAAAACCAGGAAAGAAAUUUAAAGACAUCGUCGGUAGUGCCUAUUAUGUUGCUCCGGAAGUGUUAAAACGAAAAUCAGGCCCUGAAUCAGAUGUAUGGAGUAUUGGUGUCAUUACCUACAUUUUACUAUGUGGGCGACGUCCUUUCUGGGAUAAAACUGAGGAGGGAAUAUUCAAAGAGGUUUUACGAAACAAGCCUGAUUUCAACCGCAAACCAUGGCCCUCAAUAAGCAAUAGUGCUAAAGAUUUUGUAAAGAAGCUGCUAGUGAAGGAUCCUCGCGCACGACUUACAGCUGCUCAGGCUCUGUCACAUCCAUGGGUUCGAGAAGGUGGUGAUGCCUCAGAGAUUCCUCUGGACAUAUCUGUUUUACACAAUAUGCGACAAUUUGUAACAUACAGUCGGAUGAAGCAAUUUGCCUUGCGGGCGUUGGCUAGUACUCUUGACGAAAAGGAGCUAGCUAACCUCAGGGAUCAAUUCCAGGCAAUGGAUGUGGAUAAGAAUGGUACUAUUAGCCUUGAAGAAAUGAGACAGGCUCUUGCUCAAGAUCGUCCUUGGAAGGUAAAAGACGCAUGUGCUUCAGAGAUUCUAAAAGCGAUGGAUGGUAACACCGAUGGACUUAUUGAUUUUCCCGAGUUUGUGGCAGCCACUCUCCAUGUCCGUCAGUUGGAGGAACACGACUCCAAAAAGUGGCAACAAUUAUCACAGGCUGCUUUUGAAAAAUUUGAUGUUGAUAAAGACGGAUAUAUAACAACUGAAGAACUUAAGAUGCAUGCGGGUUUAAAAGGAUCAAUACAGCCAAUUCUUAGAGAAGCUGACAUCGACAGAGAUGGGAGAAUAAGCUUGCAUGAGUUCCGGAGGCUUUUAAGAACUGCAAGCUCCAGAUCAACAGAUAGAAGCAAUCCAUGUUCUUGUGAAGCAGAAGAAUAAUUCAUGCAUUUGCCUCAGAAGGCAUUCGAAAGUCGGACACAACCAGGUCCAGUACAGAUAGUGGUGUUCUUUUUGAGAGAAAAUUUAGCAAGAGACUCUUAAUCUUCUGGGGUUUUGCCUCCAUUCUGUACUCAGACAUGGUUUGUAGAUAGGCCACUGAGAAGAAAGGGAAAACAUGGAAAGUACAUUCUUUUGAUGUAGUUUCUUGGACAGUAACAUGUGAUUACCAUCUUUGCAGAAACCACUUUACUUGAAUGAACAAUUUUUGAAACACUUGGCCUCACAAAGGUUAAUUUC